AUGGAUCCCGUCGCUCCAUGGCACGGGACCGCUGUUCCAAGCAGCGGCAAAGAGUCUCAAGACUCAGAAGGCGAUCCAAACCUCGUCACGUGGGACUCGCCGACCAGCCAAGAGAAUCCACGCAAUUGGUCCAGAAAGCGCAAAAGGGCUGUCGUCACCGUUGUCUCGUGCUACACGCUGUUGUCACCGCUCUCAUCGAGUAUGAUCGCGCCAGCCCUGCCGCUGUUGAGCGAGCAGUUCACCGUCACGAAUAGCGCCAAACAAAGUAUGAUGCUCUCAGUAUUCGUCCUUGCGUAUGCUAUAGGCCCGCUCUUCCUUGCGCCGUUGUCAGAAAUGUUCGGCCGCCGCAUCGUCUUGCAGUGCUCCAACGGUGUUUUCCUUAUCUUCUCCCUGGUCUGUGGCUUUGCCCAGAGCAGUGAGCAGCUCACCGCUUUCCGGUUCUUCUGUGGGCUUGGAGGGAGCGCACCCUUGGCAGUCGGUGGGGGUACCAUCUCUGAUCUCUUCACGCCGGACGAACGAGGGACCGCAAUGAGUGUUUACUCGCUUGCGCCACUGCUGGGACCGUGCAUCGGCCCAAUCGUCGGUGGAUGGAUAGUGCAGGGCUUGCACACUGAUAACCGUUGGCGCUGGAUCUUUUGGGCCGUUACGAUGUUCGGAUUCUGUAUCGCCAGCAUCGGGAUGGUCAUCUUGCCGGAAACGUACCAGCCGCGAAUCUUGGAGCUCAAGUGCAACAGACUCAAGAAGGAGACAGGUAACCUCAAGUUACACACCAUCUUUCAGCUGCAGAAUAAUGAGGAUUGGAAGGCGCGAUUCAAACGAAAUCUAAUCCGCCCCUUUGUCUUUCUCGCCACCGAGCAAGUGGUCCAGCUCUUGGCAAUCUACGGGUCCAUGGUAUAUGGAUGUAUGUACCUGAUCCUGACCACCUUCUCGGAAGUGUUCGUUCUCAGAUAUCACGAAAGCGUCGGUAUCUCAUCGCUCAACUACUUCAGCCUCGCCGUUGGUUUCUCGCUCGGCGGGCAGAUCGGUGGCCGACUCGUAGAUCGCAUUUACAGGUACUUCAAGGAACAGAAUGAUGGAGUCGGUCAACCAGAGUUCAAAUUGCCGCUCAUGAUGGCCACUUCUUGCAUCCUUCCAGUUGGCAUUCUCCUCUACGGCUGGAGUGCCGAGUAUGCAGUCCAUUGGAUCGUUCCAAAUAUCGGCUCGGCCCUCUUCGGGUUCGGUCUCAUGGGCGUCUUUCUCAGCAUCCAAAACUACCUCGUCGAUCAAUACAGCCUCUACGCCGCGUCAGCACUCAGCGCCGCUGCUUUCCUGCGCAGCUUGGCUGGAUUUGGGUUCCCGCUCUUCGCUCCUGCAAUGUACAAGGCUCUUGGCUACGGCAUCGGCAACACAAUCCUGGCGGCGGUAACGAUCGUCAUCGGUAUUCCUGCGCCAUUUCUCCUUUGGAAGUUUGGCCCCUGGCUGCGCGCUCGCUCCAACUAUUCGCCAGGCGGCAAGGGUCGGUAA